AAAAAUCACCGCCACCGGAGAAAGUAAACAAUAAACACGGCGAAAUCGGCCGGGCCGGUUUUCGAGCCGAAAUAGACAGGAUUUUGGGCCAAAAUGGGCACGACGGAGGCGUACACCUUCUACGGCACGCAGCUCGAGGAGCUGACCGAGGAUGAGUUGUGGGCGAAGAAGCCCGUGCCUGUGGAGGAGCAGGUGGCGACGGACAAGCAGGGCCGGCGGCGCUUCCACGGCGCCUUCACCGGCGGCUUCUCGGCGGGUUACUUCAACACGGUGGGCUCCGAGGAGGGCUGGACGCCGGCCACCUUCCGCAGCACCAGGGCCGAAAAGGAGGCCAAGCGGCAGCAGCGUCCCGAGGACUUCAUGGACGACGAGGACCAGGAGGUGUUCGGCAUCGCUCCGAAGGUGCUCAGGGCACGCCAGGAGUACAAGAAGGCCACGAUCGGCGGACACGGCUCCACGUCGCUCGAGGGCCUCCUGCGGCCCGUCAGGGACACGGUAGGAGUCCUGCUGCUCAGGCGCAUGGGCUGGCGCCCUGGCCAGGGCGUCGGACCGCGCCAGACGGCUGCCGAGAAGCGCCGCCGACGCCAGGUUGCUGGUCGUGCUGAGGAAGAAGAGGAGCCUGAGGACGACCUGGAGGGUGUGACGUUCGCACCUGACGACCUGACGUCCCUGACCGUGGCCCCGAAGACCAACACGUACGGCAUGGGCUACGUCGGACUGGCCACGCCCUUCUCGCUGUUCGAGCCGCCCAAGCCGGUCAUGAACGCAGCCGUCGGUGGCGUCCGCGGCCAGGCGUUCGGUGUUGGUGCGUUUGAGCGCGAGGACGACGACAUCUACGCCGCGGACGACAUGAGCCGCUACGACUUUUUCCUCGAGAGCGCCAACGAGAACCGCAAGAGACGCAAUGACGAGAAAAGGGCAGAAAUUGAGAAAAAGCGACGGCACGGCGAGUCAAAAUGCCUGGAGAACUUUGCCGAGGCAAAGGAGAAAAUGGCGACUGCCACGUUCUACCCUCCUCCGCAGGUGCCCAAGCAUUUUGUGCCCAAGCACGGCGUCAAGCAAACCAGGUUUUCGGAGCAGAAGCCUCAGGUGGCCCAAAAGCUGGCCGAACGGAGGGGAAGACACGACCUGAGCGCCGAGCAAAGGGGCGUGUUGGUCGGCGAGGUGGAGAGGAAGACUGAAAGCCUCGUCCGGAAACCUGUGCCGGUGCUCGAUUUUGAAGUUGUUCCUGCUGAACUGCAGCUGGGCCAGUUCAAUCCGUUCUCACACAACCCUGAAAAGCUCAAGAGGUACCAGCAGUACCUGACCCUCAGGAAAAUGAAGCAGACUGACAAGUUGGUGUGUCUGCAGCCUCCGGAGUUGACAGAAUGGGAGAAGAGUCGCGAGCUGAACGAGUUUGAGCAGGCGGCCGUGUUGUUUCGGCCGCUGGCCGCCCAGAUCAGCGACCGCUUCGUGUCGGCGAGCACGCUGGUGGGCAGCGAGGAGACGCCCACCCACACGGAGCAAUCGCCGGUCGAGGAGAGUGUCAAGGCGGCCAAGCUCAAAAUGUUCGGCAAAAUGACGCGCGACAUCGCCCCCUGGCAGCCGUGCGCCCUGCUCUGCAAACGGUUCAACGUGCCUGAGCCCAAUUCAGGUGUUGUCGCGAGCGGAAGCAAGAAAAAGGCGGGCUUUUCGGUAUUUGACUUUUUGGCCGCGCAGCCAGCAGAGACGCCGAAAGUCCCUGAUGAAAAGCAGCCGGAAGCGUCCUCGUCGCAGGCCAAACCUGAGGAAGCAGCCUCCGCAGCUGACCCUGAGUCUCGGCAGCCUCAACCACAGCUGCAGCAGUUGCCGCCACCUAAGCCUCGAGAGGUUUUUACCACGGAAAAGAUGACGGUCGAGGACAAGAUGGACCUUUUCAAGUCUGUGUUCCUCAGCAGCAGCGAGGACGAGGAGGAGCCGCCUGAAGAGCCUCCACCAAAGAGGAGGAGUUCUCCUGCUCGGGGCGUGUUCAAGAGCCUGGACCUGAUGGCGCCGCGGGCGGAGAAGCCCAAGGUCGCGGCACCGCCUCCUGCCGAGCAGCCGGAGGCGCCGGCGGCGGCUCGGAGCGACCUGUACGGCCCCGCGUUACCCCCUGCGAGGCCGUCGGCGCCGGCGGAAGCAAGUGCGGCGCCAGGUCGGUCUCGGGAGGAGGUGCUCGGCCGGUGGGUGGAGAAGCAGCGAAAGAAGGAGAAGAAAAGCAGAGACAGCAGCAGAAGCAGGGAGCGCAAGAGCAAGAAAAAACACAAGAAGCACAAACACCACCACCGCUCCCCCUAAUUUUGUGAUAAAUUCAAUUUAAAAAUAUGGAGUUGAAUUAAAUAAAAAAUUCAUGUUUAAGAG